UGCUUGCAAGGUCGCAGCAGAGCGGGCACUGAACUUUGGUCGCUGGCUGAGGGGUGAGGUAAACAACGGGACUAUAAAUAUCAGCUGUUGUCUGUGCCUUUGUGGCGCUGUGGAGCUGAGGAGGGGCAGAGGCAGGCGCCGCGGAAGGGGCUGACAACCCCACCAAUGUGGAGAGGCUUGGGGCUGGCCCUGGCUCUCUGUCUCCUCCCUGGAGGAGGAACAGAGAGCCAGGGGCAGAGCUCCUUGUGUAAGAAACCUCCAGCCUGGAGCAUAAGGGACGAAGAUCCAAUGCUGAACUCAAAUGGCUCAGUGACUGUGGUUGCUCUUCUUCAAGCCAGCUGACAUCUGUGUAUUAUCCAGGCAUCUAGAUUGGAAGACCUGCGAGUAAAACUGGAGGAAGAAGGAUAUUCUAACAUUUCCUAUGUCAUUGUUAAUCAUCAAGGAUUCCAUUCUCAACUGAGAUAUAGACAUCUUAAAAAUCAGGUUUCAGAGCAUAUUCCUGUUUAUCAACAAGAAGAAAACCAAACAGACAUCUGGACUCUUUUAAAUGGGAAUAAAGAUGACUUUCUCGUAUAUGACAGAUGCGGUCGUCUUGUCUAUCAUAUUGGCAUACCUUUUUCCUUUCUAUCUUUCCCCUAUGUAGAAGAAGCCAUUAAGAUUGCUUACUGUGAAAACAAAUGUGGAAAUUGCUCUCUCACGACUCUGAAACACGAAGAAUUCUGUAAGAACAUUUCUUUGGCAUCUGCAGAGAAGCCCACCGAGGCUCCACACCAUUUCCAUCACCAGCCCCAUCAUCACAGGCAUGGGCACCAGCAGCUUGGGCACCCUCAGUUUUCAGAGCACCAGCAACCAGAAAAGACAGAAGCUUCAGAGCAUCCCUCUCUUACACACCUCCAUCACCACCAUAAGCACAAGGGCCCACCGAGUCAGGGCGACCCCGAGAACUGAGAUAUGCCUGCAAGUGGAGGGUCUCAACUUUCUCUUCCACAAAAGAAGCUCUGACGAAAGAGAUGUAUAAAUCAGCUACUUUGAAAGUUGCCCAAAGAUUCAGAGUUGGCUCCCAGUAGCUGAUGCUGACACUGCCGACAUCUGGUCUUUGAAAAAACAGGGUCUGCCAUCACCUGACAGUGUAAUGAAAACCUCCCCUCUUUAUGCAGCUGACAGGGUCUUUGGGCAGAGGAGAAUGUCAUUGAAUCCUGACAGUGACGUUUGCCUCCUGCUGCCUGACAGUCAGGUCAGCAGCCCAAGCCCACAGUAGACAACACCAAAUGAAGCUGAAAAAAUCAGGCAGAAAUGUGAAAAUGACCUGCAAACUAAACAGUUUAAUUGGAUUACUCCCCAAAUUGGUCUAGGCACAAUUCCACUUCCAGCAUUUUACUAGCUAUCUAAUUUGUGAUCCAAAAAUAGAAAAUUAGAUUUGUGCAAACAUAAAGAGAGAUAUUAUUUGGCUUCAAAAUUUUAAAUUUAUUUCAAAGAAACAUUGAUCCAUACCAAAAUUUUAUUAUUGGGCAACUGAAAGGUGAUUGCAGCAUUUGGUUAAUAUGUCUUUCUUUUUCUUCUUCCAAUAUUCUAUUUGCAUUAAUGAAGACAGAAGCAAAAACUAUGACCUAGGGGCUUCUGUUGGAUACUUAGCAAUUGGGAUGGAGAAAGAACAAUAAAGACAUGUUUUCCAUUUUUUUCUAACUUCUUCUAACAAUAUUAUCGUUUUCUUUUUAAACUUAUCUUUAAAACUGACUAAAUCUUUAAGUGAAUUCUUUUAGGAUUCAGGAAUACUUACACAUGACUAUUUUGCUAUCCAUUUAUAUACUUUUUUAUAUCUAAGACUCAUAUUUUGAUUUUUACUAUCACAUAGGAAUGAAACUUUUAUCUGGUUUCUUUAGCAUUAUUUCACACUCUGUACAAUUUGAGAAUUUCUGUCUUGAAAGAUGUAAGGAGAAGAUCCAGAAUGCUGUCUAUGUUUUGGUUGCUUAGAAAGUAUUUCCAUAGUCAAUGAUGGUUUAAUAGGUAAACUUAUUUCCUGUAAACCUGAACUUCUUUAUGGUUAAUACCAUUAAGCAAGAAU